AUGUGCCUUGGCUCCCAAUCCCUUUCUCCUUCAGCAAAACCAAAAGCAAGAGGCAGCUGUACAGAGGAGGAAUGGGAUGCUGUCCCCACAGCCGACUGGAACAUUAGCAUGAGCAGCAGGUGGAACAUGAGCAUUGCUGCAGUGGGUGAUCCCUGGGGACAGGUGCUGGGAGCACCAGCUGGAAAUGCUUCUCCCCCUGUAGCAUCCUCAGCAGCUAACUUCUCCAAUCAGUUUGUGCAACCUUCUUGGCGCAUUGCCCUGUGGUCUCUUGCUUAUGGUGGUGUGGUGGCAGUGGCUGUUUUUGGAAAUCUCAUUGUCAUCUGGAUUAUCCUGGCUCACAAGCGCAUGAGGACAGUGACCAAUUACUUCCUGGUGAACCUGGCCUUUUCCGAUGCCUCUAUGGCUGCUUUCAAUACUCUCAUCAACUUCAUCUACGCGCUGCACAGCGAGUGGUACUUUGGAGAGGCUUACUGCCGCUUCCACAACUUCUUCCCAAUCACAGCUGUCUUCGCCAGCAUCUACUCCAUGACAGCGAUAGCUGUGGACAGGUACAUGGCCAUUAUUGAUCCCUUGAAACCCAGGCUCUCUGCAACUGCUACCAAAGUGGUCAUUGGGAGCAUAUGGAUUUUGGCUUUCCUGUUGGCCUUUCCCCAGUGCCUAUAUUCGAUAACCAAGGUGAUGCCUGGGAGAACUCUUUGCUAUGUAGCAUGGCCAGGUGGUCCAAAACAGCAUUUUACGUAUCAUGUCAUUGUGAUUGUGCUCGUCUACUGCUUUCCACUGCUUGUCAUGGGCAUCACUUACUCCAUAGUGGGAAUUACCCUGUGGGGAGGAGAAAUACCAGGCGACACAUCCAACAAAUAUCACGAGCAGCUCAAAGCUAAGAGAAAGGUGGUAAAAAUGAUGAUAGUGGUUGUGCUGACAUUUGCCAUCUGCUGGCUGCCUUACCACAUUUACUUCAUAGUUACUGGGAUCUAUCAACAAUUAAAUCGGUGGAAAUACAUUCAGCAAAUCUACUUGGCCAGCUUUUGGCUUGCCAUGAGCUCUACAAUGUACAAUCCCAUUAUCUACUGCUGUCUUAACAAGAGGUUCCGAGCUGGCUUCAAGCGAGCUUUCCGCUGGUGCCCCUUCAUUGAGGUGUCCAGCUAUGAUGAGUUAGAGCUCAAGGCAGCCAGGUUUCACCCCACCCGGCAAAGUAGCCUAUACGCUGUAUCCAGAAUGGAGUCCAGCAUGACAGUGGUGUUUGACACUAAUGAUGGAGACAACACCCAUGCCAGCCGUAAGAAAAGAGCAGCUUCGAGGGACACGAGUUUCAAUGGCUGUUCGGGGAGGAAGGCCAAGACCAUCUCCACAGCCUCAAGUCUCAUCAGUUCACUGCACACAUCAGUAGAUGAUUAUUCCUAAGCAUUUCAUGGUGACAUCUGCCAGAAGGGCAGCACUGGACAAUGCGCUCCUAUUUUGGGACUAGAUAUUCCUAUCACAGGAAAGCAAAUGCAA